AUUUGAAAAAAAUCGUUAAAAAGAAUGUUUCUUUUUUAGUUUUACUGUACAAUUAUACAUAGCACUGUAAAAAUUCCUCUUGCUUGAAACUUAAGCGACGAAUUCUCUCUAUUCGCGCUAUAAAUGUAUCUAAAAUACAUGUAUUGAAAGAAUGUUCGGUUCUGUAGCCAUGGUCGCAAAACAAAUGUUUAGAGUUUGUGGUUUUGAAAUCCUUCUUCGGACGUGCUGUUUUUUCGUCAUCUUAUACAGUCUGUAUAGUCUAGAACUGUUGUUUGUUUCUUUAACGUCGUCGUAGUUAAGGCAUGGCUGAAUUUUGAGACAAUAAAUUGAUACCCAACCCAGCUUUGCGUCGAAAUUCAAAGACAUCACCGGCGAGGUCAUUACAGGCGCGGUGUCUCGGUCUGUUUUUAAAACGACAUCUGGCCAGCGCACAGCGAUGCAUGCACGGUUUUCAUAAAUAUUUAUCGCGUUUUUCUGUACGUAAAUUUGCUAAUUGAUGAUACAAGUCUGUGGGCAUUUGUUUAAUUUUCAUCGGCCGCGUCUCGUGCGAAUGCAAAUGAAGUCAGUGAUAACUUAUCACGUGACUUGAUCGGAGACCAUGAUGUGUGGGUAUAUGUGUGCUAAUCGGAAGAUUGUAUUCUUUGUAGGGAGAAAUACUCGCGCUUCCGUACCUAGGAUAUCCUUGAACACAACGUGAAAACUGACACUCCUUAUCCACGCGAAGAAAGUCAUUCCUAAAUUCCAUAGUAGAACUGCGGGACUUCAAUGAACUCAUGUUAAAAACGUGAAAGUGAAAUAGAAGCGAGCGAACUACAGACAACCGCCAUCAUGGGCGACAACGCGGACAGCGAAGGGAACUUAAUUCAUUUGAUAUUGAACGACAUAAAGGCCAGUGCCCCGGUGUGGGAAGAUUUCGUAGGCAAAGCGAGUAAACUACAUUCGGCGCUAAAGACAACAGUUAUCGCAGCGGAUGCAUUUUUGGACGCUUUUCAGCGCGUCGCCGAUGCCGCGAACUCGUCACGAGGAUGCUGCAAAGACAUAGGAGGAUCUCUCACCAAGAUGGUGAUAAGGCACCGUAGCAUGGAUAGUAAACUGAAAGGAUUGGCUGGGUUACUGUGUGAAGCCCUGAUCUUUCCUCUUCAAGAGAGGUUGGAUGAUUGGAAAAAGUCUGUUAUACAAAUGGACAAAGAUCAUGCAAAAGAAUACAAGAAAGCCAAACAGGAUUUGAAAAAGGCUACAGCAGAAACAAACAAGUGGCAAAAGAAGGUUAAAAAAGGUGAGUUAGGAAAGUCAGAACACCAAGAAAAACUUGAUGCAGCCUUGAAGCAAGCAAGUGCUCAGCAAGCAGCAUUUGAAGAGCAGGAGAAGCGUUAUCUCAGAAAAGUGUUGGUGGAAGAGAGAACUAGAUAUUGUCUGUUAGCUUCUUGUUUUAGACCAGUUGUGGAGCACGAGAUUUCUAUGUUGGGAGAAAUUGAACACCUGCAGUCAGUUCUUGCAGACAUCAUCAAGCAGACAAUUAGUCCAUCCACGCUGCCACUGGCUGGAGAGGACCUAGUGCGAGACUUCAGACUGUCUGAUCAUCAUAACUACGAUGACCAGUCUCCACCGCCGAGUCCAACGACCACAUUGACCAGAGCCACCAGUCCACAGCAUACAGGCCGCGACCCUCCUACCACCCCACCGCCUCCACCCCCGUCAGAAACGGACCCUUAUUUCAAUGCAUUCAGUCGACAUUACUCGUUCUCCGUGAAACACAGUCACACGCGAAACAAGCUUACGGGAUCCGUCACACCCUCCACUUCUCCCAAGAAAGUACCCCCGCCCCGCAUCUGCUCCCGUUCCACGAGCUUUAGCGUGUCUUCCACCUCGUCCCAGUCAUCAAUGUCGUCUCUAGGAUCGUCAAUAGGAUCGCCGUCAGUAGAGAGCUUUCCUAAGCCUCCAACCCCGCUGCUCUCGCCUGGUUACUCAGGAGACUUGCAAGUCGAAAUGCCACCUCCUCCCCCCUUCCCUGGGGCAGUGUCUGCCUUACCUCAUCCAGGUGACAGAACGUCGUGGACAACAUCUACAGACUCUGGUUGCUAUUCCUCUUCCUCAGGGGAGAGGUCACCUUCUGCCUCGCUUGCACAAGUUUACCUUCCUUCCUCCAUAGCGGAACACCCGCGAGAUGACGCGUCAGGACACUACCCUCACGGGCCUCAAUAUGCCACGCCUUACGCUGUCAGUAAUACGCGUACACGCUGCAUGAGUGAGUCCGCGUCUGCCAUGUCUCCGUACCAGUACGGUAUGGCUCAUCGAAGAAGCGACAGCGAGACGUCUUCACAGAGCAGCUACUCGGGUAAUGGAGACGCCCAGAUUGGCGGAUUAAAUAGCAGUGAUUCGGGCUAUUUCAGUUACGGUGGGCAACAUCAUCGCUCGAAUCCUGAAAAUAUUCAAGAAAAUUCCGGCGGGUGGACACCGCAACAGAAAGCAAAAGCCAUGUACAACAGAAGCCAGAGUGUAUCAGGACGGCCUUCCGCAGCCCAACAGGCACAGCUUGCGGCGCUAGCAAGUCACGCUGCGCGAAGCAGAAGUGCACCUAUGCCUCCUGCGAGGAAGUCUUCGGUACCACCCCCCUGUCCAGAGAGAAGGACAGGGCUCUCUGAUGGAGAAUUAUACAAGGAAGAGGGACAGGAGCAGGGAGGAGGUGCGUACUCUGAUGACGAGGGAUUAAGUAUGUUGCAGAAACAGAUUCGACGACAGAAACAGUUAAUUCAAGCUAAAGCAAAAGAGAAGGAUCACUCUUGAUAUCUGUGAAGCUGAAUAAUUUCGCGAGGAGCCAUUCUGUGCACCAUUACAGCUAAGGAGUCCAGUUUAUUCUCCCAUCGGUUAAAUUUUAAUGGUUCAAGUCAAAGGUGUUAUAUGUCGCGAUAUGGGAAACACAGAGUCAAACUCGACAAAUUGAACAGGCUGUGAGAACCACUGGUUAGAUAUUACAUGACAUACGAUAGCGUGUAUGCUGUCAGCGCUAAGUAAUCUGUUGGUUUAGAUACCAAAGGGGUACAUCGACGUUUGAAAGUAAAAGGCCAUAUUGAUUACUUAUAAGAAUUAUUGCCGAGAACUGUCAUCGCAAAAAAGGUUUUGUAAUAUUUAAAAAAAUGUGCAGCGUGUUUUCCAAGAUAAUGAGGUUAAAAUAGUUUAAUAUACUUCUAUUGAAAUAGCUGUAGAACUUUUGUAACGCAUACGAUGAUGCGUUCACGUUUUAAAAUUUCUAAUAUAUGCUGAGAGUAGAGUAUAGGCUGUGAAAACCAGAGCUAAAAAUAGUCUUGCCGAGUAUUUAUAUCAUGGUCUAGUACUGUGUGCACAUUCGCUUGGCUUCAAAUCUCAAUUAUUUUCCAAAACUCA